AUGUCUGAAGAUGAGGCAGGUCAGGCCCCCAGACCCAGCUUGUGGGACCAGGACCAGCAGAACGUGGUGCAGCGCGUAGUGGCUCUGCCACUGGUCAGGGCCACGUGCACUGCGGUCUUUGACGCUUACAGUGCGGCCAAGGACAGGCACCCGCUGCUGGGCUCUGCCUGCCGCGUGGCUGAGCAGUGCGUGAACAGCCUGACCACCCGUGCCCUGGACCAUGCCCAGCCUCUGCUCGACCACCUGCAGCCCCAAUUGGCUACAGUGAACAAUCUGGCCUGCAGGGGCCUGGAUAAGCUGGAGGAGAAGCUGCCCUUUCUCCAGCAACCUUCAGAGACGGUGGUCACCUCGGCCAAAGAUGCGGUAGCCAGCGGUGUCACAGGCCUGGCACGGCGGGGCCGGCGCUGGAGCGUGGAGCUGAAGCGCUCUGUGAGCCAUGCUGUGGACGUUGUACUGGGCAAGUCCGAGGAGCUGGUGGACCACUUCCUGCCUAUGACGGAGGAGGAGCUUGCGGCGCUGGCAGCUGAGGCUGAAGGCCCGGAAGUGGGCUCGGUGGAGGAUCAGAGGAGACAACAGGGCUACUUCGUGCGUCUGGGCUCCCUGUCCGCGCGGAUCCGCCAUCUGGCCUAUGAGCACUCUUUGGGGAAACUGAGGCAGAGCAAACACCGUGCCCAGGACACACUGGCCCAGCUGCAGGAGACGUUAGAGCUGAUUGACCUCAUGCAGACUGGGGUGACCCCCAUCAUCCCAGCCCGCCCCGGGAAGGUGCACGAGCUGUGGGAGGACUGGAGCCAGCAACCCUGGGAGAAUGGCCGCAGACGGAGCCAGGCGGAGCUGGAGACGCUGAUGCUGUCCCGCAGCCUGACCCGGGAGCUGCAGGGCACGGUGGACGCACUGGAGACCAGCGUGCGGGGCCUGCCUCCCGGCGCACAGGAGAAGGUGGCCGAGGUGCGGCGCAGCGUGCAUGCCCUGCAAGCCGCCUUCGCCAAUGCCCGCUGCUUCAGGGACGUGCCAGCAGCCGCGCUGGCCGAGGGCCGAGGCCGUGUGGCCCGGGCCCACGCCAGCGUGGACGAGCUGCUGGAGCUCGUGGUGCAGGCUGUGCCACUGCCCUGGCUCGUCGGGCCCUUCGCACCCAUCCUUGUGGAGAGGGCCGAGCCCCUGCCUGACCUGGAAUCCCUGGUGGAUGAGGUGGUUGGGAGCCCCGACCCUCGCUGGGCACACAUGGACUGGCCUGCCCAGCAGAGGGCCUGGCAGGCCCAACAUGGGGAUGGGACGGGCCUCCCCGGGGACAUUCGCGAGGAGGAGCUGGAGCCCCCCAGCCACCCAGACAAGCACACCCUGAUGCCCGAGCUGGACUUCUGACCCAAAGGUUGCCAGUGGACGGACAGGCAGGGGGAUGGCCACCCUGCAUGCUGAGGUUGCCGCUGCCCCCUGGUGGCC